AUGAGGAGGGAGAAUCAGAGCCAUGUGUCUGAGUUUCUCCUCCUGGGGCUCCCCAUCCAGCCAGAGCAGCAUGGGGUAUUCUUUGCUCUGUUCCUGGGCAUGUACCUUACCACAGUGCUGGGGAACCUGCUCAUCAUCCUGCUCAUCAGGCUGGACCCUCGCCUCCACACCCCCAUGUACUUCUUCCUCAGCCACCUGGCCCUCAAGGAUGUCUCCUUUUCCUCUGUCACUGUACCUAAGAUGCUGAUGAACAUGCAGACUCAGGAUCAAUCCAUCUCCUAUGCAGGGUGUGUAACACAGACCUAUUUUUUCAUAUUUUUUGCUUGCAUUGAUAACCUUCUUCUUGCAGUGAUGGCAUAUGACAUGUAUGUGGCUAUUUGUCACCCUCUACACUACACAGUCAUCAUGAGGGAAGAACUGUGUCUAUGUCUGUUGGCUGGAUCCUGGCUCCUCUCCUGUGCUGAUGCCCUGACCCACACCCUCCUCAUGGCUCAACUCAUGAGGAGGGAGAACCAGAGCAGUGUGUCCCAGUUCUUCCUCCUGGGGCUCCCCAUCCAUCCAGAGCAGCAAGGCAUGUUUUUUGUCCUGUUCUUGGCCAUGUACCUGACCACAGUGCUGGGGAACCUGCUCAUCAUCCUGCUCAUCAGGCUGGACCCUCGCCUCCACACCCCCAUGUACUUCUUCCUCAGCCACCUGGCCCUCACAGAUGUCUCCUUUUCAUCAGUCACUGUACCUAAGAUGCUGAUGAACAUGCAGACUCAGGAUCAAUCCAUCUCCUCUGCACACUGUGUAACACAGAUGUUUUUUUUCAUAAUUUUUGCUUGCGUUGAUAACCUUCUUCUUGCAGUGAUGGCCUAUGACAGGUAUGUGGCCAUUUGUCACCCUCUACACUAUGCCAUCAUCAUGAGGGAAGAGCUGUCUCUUUGUCUGUUGGCUGGAUCCUGGAUCCUCUCCUGUGCCUAUGCCCUGACCCACACUCUUCUCCUGGCUCAACUGUCCUUCUGUGCAGACAACAUCAUUCCCCACUUCUUCUGUGACCUUGCUGCCCUGCUUAAGUUGUCCUGCUCAGACACCUCUCUCAAUGAGCUGGUCAUAUUCACUGCAGGGGCUGCAGUUGUCAUUUUUCCAUUGUGUGGCAUCCUGGUCUCUUAUGGCCACAUUGGGGUCUCCAUCCUGAGGGUCCCCUCUACUAAAGGGAUCUGCAAAGCCUUGUCCACCUGUGGCUCCCACCUCUCUGUGGUGUCUCUAUUUUAUGGAACAAUGAUGGCAGUGUACCUUUUCUCCUCAUCAGGCCUGUCCCAUGACAAGGACAUCAUUGCUUCUGUGAUGUACACAGUGGUCACCCCCAUGCUGAACCCUUUCAUCUACAGCCUGAGAAACAGGGACAUGACAUUGGCUCUGAGGAUUCUUUUCAGAAACAGUAAUCUUUUUGCCAAGUGA